AUGAGGAGGGAUGCUUGGAGGGCGGGCGUGGAUCCUGCGAGAAUGAACACAGGAGAGGUCGACGGUGUGGGAGACAGUAACGAGUCGUGCCGGGAGGAGUUGGCGAGCGCGGCCUCGCGUCAAACCGUUCCACCUCGACGACCGACAGACGAGGACGGGACGGACGUUAUUGCCCAGGAGGCCCGUGAACUUAUUGAACGGAUGCGUGUGGAAUUGAGUCAGUUAAGAGGUUCCGUGGAUCUCCGUGAGAAUACGGAGCGUUUGAUGUCCCUCAGGGCUGCGCGCCAUUUGAUGGCUUAUAAGCGCCGAUCCGACGCUGAGAAUCAGCAGUCAGAGAAUGUCGCAGAGUCUCAGCGAAUUGCACAAACUGAUUUUUUUUUUGUUCCCAUGGCGACGGCACCGAUGACACGUCUCACUGUGUGUAGCCACCAGGAGAAGGGGGCGCGGCAAAAACGAUUUAAGCAGCGGAGGAUUGACGCCGGACCCUCUCAGGACUCUCCUCCGUGGAAUUCCUCUACAAUUCUUCAGAAUAGUGACAAAACUACGGCGAAAAAGGUACCCGGUUCAACUGUUUCAGUUCGGGAUUGCCCGUUGGCUCCCACGAAGGGGAUUGCGUCAACUGCCCACACGUUAGCUGAGUUUAAUAGGGUCAGUAACUGCUUGGAACGGACCUCUUCUUUAGAGGGAAAUGAGGUCGAUGAUUUAACUGAUAAAAAGGGGGUUGUUUCCCGGGUUGACGAGAUAUGGGUCCGUGACUAUUUACGACGGCUUAACAUUGUGGCACGUGGGCCAACGGAGUCGGAAGGACGCAUCGAUGAUCCUGUGCUGAAUGGAGUUGCGCUGCAUCAUCUUGUGAGUAUUGCGUUGAAUAGGGAUUUAAAGGAGGGGCGUGCCACACACCCCGCGAUUGUGUUAAAACCUCAAAAUUUGGAUGAUGUUCGGUUGAAUUAUGUUGUGGCUUUGAAUCUCUUGCGGGCUGCGGAGAAUGGCGCGACCUUACAAAUCCCUAGAGAAUGUCGUCUCCUACGCCCAGAGAGUGUAAUUUUGAGAGGGGAUUCAGUAGCACUUUUUACUUUAAUGCGCACAGUUGUCGAUGCGUAUUUGCCGAUAGCAUGCGAAGAGCUUUGGGCAGCUCCGUCACUGACAUGGCAGCCUCACCCAGAUGGAGGGGGUUACACACCGAGCGCGAUGCGUUCUCUUGAGUUGGAAGUGUGUGCUUUUUUGCAGUCUCAGAAUGUGUUGGCUGACCCUGUUGUGCAUCAGUUACCACCUGAUGAUGCCCCUGUUCCAGACGCCCUUAGUGCGCCCUUUCUUGCACCGCAGAGAAAGCUGUGGUGCAUGCGGACUGAGGGAUUCCCUUCAUUGUAUAUUCCUUCUGUUUUCCCGUUUUUCACGAACGGCACGGCUUUGUGCGAUCUUGUGGGGAGGGUCACGGGUAACCGUCUUUCUGUUUACAGGAAUCCCAGGGUGAAAUCCAACUGUAUGGAGAAUAUUCAGGCGGCGUUUACGGUGCUGCAGAGAUAUUGCCCCGCGAAGAUGAGUCCGUUUUUUAUUGAAUCGCCUGAAUGCGUGUUUUAUGGGGAUCGACGAUACAUUUUGCUGCUCCUAGAGGACAUAAUGCGGAUGGCCCAUGGUGUCCCUCCGCGGCGACACGCUCCACGCUCAACCGAUACACCGCACUUUGGACGACAACGUUCCUCUCAGGUUCCAAAUACCUUAACUGUGGGGGUGACGCAGUCGUCGAGCUCGGCGUCAAUGUCUGAGGUGCAGAAACAACAGCGUUUGGGUGAGUUGGCGCCAAAGCUGUUCGAAAAGAAUCCUGGCAAAGAAGAAGGCUUACGAGACCCGGAUAGGGCAACACCGCGGUGCGUCAUUGCUUCACCGCUUUCGGAAGGCCGGCGGGCAGGGCGCCCGACUCAGGCCAAGCAAGUACCCUUUUCUUCUGCACCGUUGGUUGAAACGAAUAUCACGUUAGGUGCACUGGAUACGCCUGUUGCCAUUUUGAACGGCGUGGAGUACAUGGAUGACGAGGUAGCGAUGAUGCAAAAGUGGCUUAUUGAGGUUCUUGGCCCGGGCUUUCAUUACACCGCUGCGGACCAUUCUUUUUCCGUCUCUUGUCGCGAUCUCCAGCUGGGCGGAACGUCCCUCAUAUUUUCUGAUGGUGUUGUUUUGGCGCACAUGAUACGUCUUCUGGAGCGGCGUCGCUGCGUGGAGCUCGAGUCAAUAGAAAUGCAUGCGAAGGCCACGGCAGCAAAACGGCGUAAUAUUAAGAAGUGCGUUUCAUUUUUGCAGACUGAGAAGCGUGCUUUGCUCAAUGUGCCGCUACUGGACGAGAUACUUCUUGCCGGCGAUCGCCUUGGCGUGCUGUACGUUGUGCAAUGCCUUAGGAAUACCUAUCGCUUUGCCGUGAGGGUAUAG